ACAUAAUACAUGCCAAGUCAUUAUUUCUAAAUAAAGAAGGUAUUAUAUUUUAUUUCAAUGUUAAUUAAUCGCACAUCAAUUAUUUUUCUGAAAUUCACAAAAUUUAGCCGAAAUCAGGAAAAACCAAAUACGAUGAUAAAUUAUUAAGGUUAAGAUUCAGAUGUUCUGAGAUGGAAGGUGAUGUUUCCAUUUCUCUAUUCAAUCCUGAACCCUAACAUCUCAAACCAAUUCAUCUUCUUCCUAAUUCAUAUUAUUAUUAUUACUUAUUAUUAUUUUCUAUUCGUCUCUUUUCUGUCCCUUUCAUCCAAUCUCUCGAGCCGUAAUUUGUGUUGAAAUUUUCUGUACGAGACCAUGAAUAUGGGGUUGUUUUUCUGGCUCUUUCUCUUGAGUGGCUUCACCGUGAGUCUUGCCAAUGUAGUCCUCCUUGGGAAGAAUGUCACACUUUCUUUCGGGGACAUUGAAGCCAAUUUCGCUCCUGCAAUAAAGGGUUCUGGGGAAUGUGGAAUUAUGUAUUUGGCUGAGCCUCUAAAUGCCUGCUCACCCUUGAGUAAUCAACUUCAAUCCAUUAACAAUAGCUCUUCUCCAUUUGUGCUGAUCAUUAGAGGAGGUUGCAGUUUUGAGAAUAAAGUUCGAACAGCUCAAAAAGCAGGAUUCAAAGCUGCAAUCAUCUAUGAUAAUGAAGAUGGUGGAGUCUUAGUUGCUAUGGCUGGAAAUUCAGCUGGUAUAAAAGUACAUGCUGUCUUUGUUUCAAAAGCUUCUGGUGAGAAACUAGAGAGAUAUGCUGGUAAUACAGAUAUAGAGUUGUGUCUAAUCCCAAGUUUUGAGAAUUCAGCAUGGUCAGUUAUGGCAAUAUCCUUCAUUUCUUUGCUAGCAAUGUCUGCUGUCCUGGCUACAUGUUUCUUUGUUCGCAAGCAUCGAAUACGAAGAGAACGACCUCGAGCUUCUCGUGUCAGAGAAUUUCAUGGGAUGAGUAGUCGUUUGGUGAAAGCAAUGCCAAGUUUGAUAUUUACUGUUGUUUCAGAAGAUAAUUGCACUUCAGCAACAUGUGCCAUUUGUCUUGAAGACUACAGUGUUGGAGAGAAGCUGAGGAUUCUGCCAUGUCGUCACAAAUUUCAUGCGUUUUGUGUGGAUUCCUGGCUUACAACAUGGAGGACUUUUUGCCCAGUUUGCAAACGUGAUGCAAGAACUAGCACAAGCAAUCCACCAGCUUCGGAAUCUACGCCGCUGCUUUCAUCCAGCCAUGUUUCUUUAGCUUCCUCAUCUGUACUGUCGUCAAUGAGAUCAUCUUUUGCAUCCUCCUCUGCCAUACAAAUUGGCUCGUCGUCGAUAUCGCGUUCCCCUUCUCUUUCUCGUCCUCACUCUCUCGCAAGCACUUCCUAUUCUUCUCAGCACCCUCUUAGGCCCUACCACCAAUCCCCCUCCUUAAGCAGAGGCUCAAUGGAUCUCCAGAAUGCAUCUUCCCAAAGAUCUCAUGCUUAUUUGAUUUCAAGCCACUCCUUGGGUUUUCCAUCGUUAUCAUCCCUUAACUCAAGAUACCUGUCUUCACACAUUCCAAGCCCCAGCAAUGCCUCGCCAGCGUCACCGCCUUUUGUGAGAUCUUCUACUUAUCAACAGAAUUUGUUGCACUGCAGCAAUUCUGCUGCAAGUUUCUCCUCAUUCACUUCUGCACAAUCCCUACCUGAUUGUUGAAUUAAACCUUCUUCUUGAUAAGUAAUGCAGGUCAAGUUCAUAAAAAUAAGUGUGCAAACGUUUGCAAAUUUCCGGGGAAAGGUACUUGACAAAAAGGUGAGAAGGCAGCUACCAAGUCACUUGUGCUCCAUAGUCCAUACCACAUUAUCAGCCCCUAUUUGCAUAUGGUUGAGUUACAUCUAAUUCACUGGCUGGUUAACGGUGCGUAUGUUAAAACUCUAGUGUCACAUUCGGUAAUUAAUUCUGGUUUAAAAGACAGUUCUGGUUCUUAUAUCAGAAACAUAACAAAGAAAAUCUCUGAAUGUAACGCAAUCCAUUGGUUUUGUUAAUAUUUAUGUUUUGAUCGUGUA